CGAAGAUAGCGUUCUUUGUGACUUGUCGCUUCCACAAACCGACGGUGAUGGUUAUUGUGAUGAUAAAAAGUGAUUCCGAAGUAAAAAUCCGCUGGGACGCUUUCAGUGCCUCUUUCCAACAAGGACGAGUUGAAGGGUUCGGGUCAAGAGGUGUUGUCAAAUUUGCCACAAGGCGAAGAAGACUCGCGGCAAAAUAUCACAAAUAUUUCUCUCGGCCUUUUACGGACUUUUAAUAGAUAUUUCCUACGGAACCAAUGAAAACAUUUCGGUUUGACUUAAAGUUCUAUUUUCUCACAUCAAAAACUAAGCAUCAACUGAGUACAAGUUAUGCGACAUAAAUGUGAUCUUUCAACUACGGUUAAAAUAACGAAGAGAGAUACAAGAGAAAAUUUAAACUGAUGAACGAUAGAAUCCAACUGCUGUGACCUAAUAUUCAAAGUUGGACACCCUGCUCGAACAAAGGCUUCCGAAGAGUAGGCGAAUCAAAACCCAAGAAAGGAAGCAUAACAACCGAUUUCCCUUUUCGACUGCCUCACCGAAACUGACCUGAUUGCAAUGACUCCAAACCCCAUAUUGAGGAAGAUGGAAACGACACACUGGACUGAGUUCGUGUUGAAAUUGGAUGGACGGAAGCCAAUUCAACACAACAUGUACAGCCACACUCACCCCUGCAUGGGCUUCGUGGUCAUCCAACAUCUGAAAAGUGGCGUGGUGCCCAACUCUAAUCUCAUCCAUCUGCCUUCAUACGACGACAACCGUCCAACAACCAUCAUGGGUACGCAAAUGCCAACAAAGAAGGCCCCCACUCCAAAGCAACACGGACCUCCCGUCACGGAAAGUGGGGCACAGGAUAGAAUCAGCGAAUCCUACCACCUCUUUGAGAAUGAAGAUGGGAGCGAUGUGAUCCUUAUGGUGGGGGAAGGCAGUUAUCGAGAGAGAGUGCCAGCCCACACCUGGGUACUUGCUGGUGGCAACCAGUACUUCAGGGCCCUGUUCCAAGGCCCCUUUGCCGACAGGCACAAGAAAACCUACGACAUCCCCAAUGACCCAAAGGGAUUCCAGAAUCUUUUGAGGUGGUUAUACCGACAUGAAUGUGGGAUCCAAAGUAUGGAUAGUGCCCUCAUCACCUUACAAGUAGCCAUUGAGUACCUGUGUCCAGAAUUAGCAGAGUUAUGCGUCGAGUACAUUGGAAAGCACUUGAGAGUGUCUAAUGUGCUUAAGGUAUUGCAGUUCACCUGGAGAUACUGUCCUUCUGCUCAGAUGGCUGACGACAGUCAAGCAUCAGCGCCUCUGUCACCAGCUCCUUCAGCUCCUAGUCUUGAAGCAAUGUUUGGCCCUGAUCAGGGAGGCCUACACCAGUUUGGUGCUGCAGACAGAUUACAGCAACUGGACAUAUCCCAAAACCCAACUCACAACACGUGUCAGCUACCAAAUCCUUCAGAGGAAACAGAGUUCCAGGACCCAACAGCAUGCUGUAGUGAUCUUUACAAUGUCUGCCUCGAAGUUGUGGACAGUGCCACAGAGUCUGUUUUGGUCUCUGAACCUUUAGAAGAAUUGGACUACAGAACUUUACAGCUCAUUUUGAAGAGAUCAACUCUCAACAUCAAAAAUGAAGUGUUAAUACUUCAAGCAGUGCAGAGGUGGUCAACAGCUGAAUGCAAACGUCGCAUGCUGCCUUUGACCUCUGAAAACAGAAGAGCAGUUCUUGGUGAUCUCCUGUACCACGUACGAUUCUUGAACAUGACAAACGAGCAACUUCAACAGACCAGCAGCCUCCUCACGGCUGAUGAAUUCAACUACCUAGCUACUAGAAUAUCAGGUCACACUCCUGCAACAGUACCUGUCACUCUUAACCCCCACCUGCCCAUGAUGGCUACACCUCGCCAUCACAAACCGCCUACUCUGCCAACCACAGAAUCACCCAGCAAGAGCAAGAAGAAGAGCAGCACAGGCAAGAGAAAAUACACGAAAAAGGAGCUAAUGUUGGAUGUAGUUUCCUGCCUUGCUGUGAUUUUUGAUUAACAUUUCAUUUCUGCUUAAAUGAAUUCGUGUUGCAGCAGUUGUCUUCAAAGGAGGUUGCGUUUAUUCUUUCGUGAAGGACAACAUUCUUUUGAAGUUCAACAAACAUUUACCUCUAUGAGGUUUAGGUCUCAAAUCUACCAAGAAAUUGGGUUUGUUUUGUAGUACAUGUGCGUGAUUUUUGACAGAUCCUAAUUUUGGCCAAUAAAUUGUUGGUAGUUGCGUACAGAAAGUUUUCCAAAACAGAACUGAUGAUUUUGUUUAACUUAAUAAUUUGACAAAUUCUACUACUGUUGUACAAAGAAUUAAUUUGCUGAAAGAUUUUUAUCAUUGUAUAGAUGUUGAAUGGUUAAUAGUUUUAUGAAAUUAUAAGAUUUACGUUGCAGCUUCGCUGCAGUCAUUUACAGAUAGGAAAAUCUAAUUGCAAAUACAAUGUGCAUCUCAUAAAUGGUGUACUCUGAAUGUGAUAAUCAGCUAACUAACUUGAAAGACUUGCCUUUUACUUGAUAGUUGUUAUAUGUUGCGUGGAAAGAUGUUCUGUAUUAUAAAGCUUUUUCUUAUAUUUUAUAUGCAAAUCUUCUUGCAUAUAGUAAUAGUCUAGUCAUCUCAUUACUGCAUUUCUUUACUUAGCAUUAAGUGGCGCGGCUAUGUGGAAAUUUUACAAAAAAACUAAAAAGAAAUCAAAACAACAGUUAGGCAUUUUUCUUUUCCUUUGAAAUAAAUGACCCAUAAAAUGAAUUUCAGGAUUAUAACUGAUGAAGGAAUUUUACAUUUGUAAACAAACUUUGUUCAUAAUGCACAGACAAAUAAGAGAGUACCAGAAAUUAUUUUGUCUCAACUUCUUACAACAAAUAAAUCCAACGAAUUCGUCAAACCACACAAACACAUUUACAGUACUGCCAAAUCUCAAAUAGACAUCAAAUAUUUUAUCUACCAGUAUGAGGCUUAGGUAGUAUAAUACACGGUGCUGGCAUGUUUUUACAAUGAUAAACACGCUACGAUACAUAAGAAAUGGAUAAGGACUUGUUCCUUUCCUGCAUUUCAGUGUGCAUCAUGCUAUAUCCAAUGAGAUGGAGGGAACCUAAUCAUUUACAUGAGCUUAGACACCUCAAACAACUUACACGAGGAAGACCCAUAACAAAUACUCUGUGAUCCAAAAAGGACAUGAUAAAAUUCAAAGAGCAAUUUACAUUGAAGAACUAAGCCAUAACGGUGAUAAAUUUGCCUAGGUUCGACAUCCUAUUACUCUCCCAGGACAUAAAAUGCACUACAUGUAUGAAACAUUACUCUGGUUCAAAGCCUCAACUAGAAACAUACAACUACCGUCUAAAAGCCUUUACGAGAGUUCUGCGAUAUCUCAAAACGGGAAAGAAUAAAAAUUAUUGACAGCUAUGAUAUACACCUAUAAAUAUUCAUGAUGUCAUUAAUACACCUGAACAGAAGUACAGUAUAUACACUGUAUUUGCUACACAGCCUCUGAACUAUUAACCAUGCCAAUGACACUCCAAGUGACAUAUGUGGUUGCCAUUAUUAUUACAGUAUUCACAUCUUGAAACAUCCUGAAUUUUGAAGCUGAGACAAUAUUUAGAUGAGAAAACACCCACGUAAAUUGAAUAAUUGUAUACGUAAUCUCUAAAUUGUUCAGUACUCUAAUCAGUUUCUGUGCAUAUUAAGCAAAGUUCCGAAUAUUGGAAAAGUAUUCUCUGUAUGUUUGCCUGUUCAUAACUGAAGACAAAUUAUAUAAUCUAUUGUCAUUUUUAUUCAGAUUCAGAUGAAUGCAGAGUAAUUUGUAUGUCCAUUAAGUGUAAUGUAUAACACACACUGAAAACAUGUUUGUUUGAAAAUAUGUGAGAUGCUCCCAUUACAUAUAUUUACAAACUUUUUAAUAUACAUUUAAACGCGCUUGCGGGAACUGUCCGUGCCAUAUGCUAAAAAUCAUAAUGCUAAAUGUAAAAAGAGUAUAUAAAUCUGUACUUGUGCUUAUAUACGGAAAUAGUCGGUGUCAUACGAUGUCAUAAGCUUGGAAUCACAUUGAAUACACACAAUAGUGACAGAGGUGUAUAUUCUGGCUCUCUCGUAUCAAAAUGCAUAGAAUUUCAACAGUAUUUCAUCUAAAAUCUUUAACAGUUUUCGUUAGUCUUAAGUCUUCUAACUUCUAAUUCUACUCCAAUGGCAAAACGAUUAACUUUAGCAGCUUUUUGUUAGCAAUGUUUCCAUCACAACUUGUUCAUGUUUGAGUUAAUUUUUAAAAAAAUGUAUCACUUGUUGCCAAUGUCAAAAAACAAAACACAAAAAAAGCUUAAUGUAUUGUCACAAUUAGGAUGAUAAAUGAAAACUACUUUCUUUGUCCCUUAAAACAUGACUCUGAGGUUAGUUUUUAUUGUUUUUUAUAAUUAUUCAGAAUAAUUUUGUCUUACACAGCUUCUGCUUACUGCAAUGUGAUUAUCAUUUAAUGGAAAGAUAUUAUAUAUUAUGUACAUAGACUCAAAAAAUUCUUGAGUUUUGUUUUACAUUUUUGCAAGAUUGUAAAAGAAUGUUGCCAAAGUUAAUAAACCGAAUGAACUAAGA